GCACCAGAACUUCGCUCGUUUAUCCAUUUCCGCUUUCUUCUCGCUGCGUGUCCUCCUUCUCUCUCCUAGGGUUUAAGCCUAAGGUCUCUCCAUUUCCGCUCUCCCAACGUCCUUUUCGAGCUUCCGUUCCGCUCUUCAAUGGCGCAGCAGGUGGAGGUCCAGAAUGGCGGAGGAGCUGCGGAGGCCAAGGCGGUCUCCGUCACCGCCGUGAAGCCGCAGCUGUUCGUGGAGGCCCCCAAGGCCAGCGAUGCCAUCAGCUUCUACAAGGCUGCCUUCGGUGCUGAGGAAGUCAGCCGCUCUCUCCACCCCAAGCGCAAGGCCGAUCAGGAGCUCCCUCUCAUCCUCUCCGCUCAGCUGCUACUCGCCGGCACCACCAUCCUCAUCUCGGAUGCCUCCGAUGAUUCUGCUCCUGCCGCUAAAACGGCCGGUGCUGGAAUCGUCCUUUGCCUGGAGACCAACGACAUCGAUGCUGCUGUCUCCAAGGCCGUGAGCGCCGGAGCCGUUUCGGAGGGCGAGUUGGAAGAGACUGAGGGCGCGUGCUGCGGUGGGCGCGUGGGCAAGGUCAAGGACCCGUACGGUUUCACCUGGCAUAUCUGCUCCGCUGCUGCAGCUGCUUGCCAGGAGCCCGCUGACGUGGAGGCAUAGGCCCCGUCCGAUCAGACCCCGCACCCACUUGCUGAUUUUAACCCGUUAGUUUCUUCUCGGUGGGACCCCCUUUUAUCUAGAAAGAAGAGCUUCUAAGCCAGUUAGGAAGAACACUAAGGUUGAUGAAAUAGGUUUCCGUAGUAAUUGCAAUGACCGUGACCAUUAUGACUAUGCUGAUAUUUUACGAUCUUCGUGAUGAUGAGGAUACUCUGGCCAUUUUGACAGGACGGUAUUUCCGCUGGUGGAUUCUCUAGUCUACAUUGCUCGAGUCUCUCUGCAUUAUAUUUGUGUUUAGUAUCGUGGAAUGUGUUCGACUUGAUAUUGUUUAAUCUGCCUUGACAGUACGUUUUAUGA